AUGGUCGUGACAGAUUCCACCGUCGUCUUCAUCAGCGGUGUAGGCAAGGGCAUUGGCUCAGGCAUCGCCAAGUUGUACCUCGCCCGUCCGAACCACACCGUCAUCGGCUCCGUCCGGGACCUUUCCACGCCCUCCGUUGCCGAGCUCAAGGCCUCUCCCACAGCCCCAGGCUCCCGGCUCAUCCUCGUUCACAUCGAAUCCACCUCCUCCACCGACCCGGCGCGCGCCGUCGAGGCCAUCAACGCUCAGGGAAUCGAGCACAUCGACAUCGCCAUCGCCAACGCGGGUGCCAUGCCCUCCACCGUGCCCAUCGAGGAGGUCGACACCAAGGACAUGCUGGAGAACUACCACAUCAACGCCAUCGGCCCCUUGCUCCUUUUCCAGGCAAUCUUGCCGCUGCUGAAGAAGGGCAAGAAUCCCAAGUGGGCUAGCGUCUCGACUACCGCCGGAAGUAUUGGGCUUGUGGAUGCCCUGGCGGCCUGGAUCCUCCCGGCGUAUGGAGGCGCAAAGGCGGCGCUGAACUGGCUUACAGCUGGUAUUGCGAGCAGCCAGAAGGAGUGGUUAACUACCAUUGCGCUGCACCCGGGCUUGGUCCAGACAGGACCGGGGAACUGGGUUGCGCAGAAGGUGGGGUUGGGUGAUAAGGCGCCGGUUACGGUGGAGGAUAGUGCGGCGUUCAUUGUUAAGCUGCUCGAUGGCCUCACCAAGGAGGAUAAUGGCAAGUUCUACAACGCUACCGACCUUACCGAGGUGCCAUGGUAA